AACCCCAGCAGGGUUCCGCCCGUUACCUAGCAACCCAGCACCGCUUGUAGAACAAGAUUUGUUUGUAAACGAUCAAAAAUCUGUAAAAGUCACUGAAUGGCUCUUAUUGUGAAAUAUUAGCAGCAGCAUCUCAGCUUCCUGUCAGCAGAUCACAGAGCCGCCUUCACCUUCAUCUUCCUCAUCCUCAGCCUGACUGUUUGCAGAUUAAUGAAGCAAAGCUGACAAACCUGAGGAAACGGUGCGUGUUUGUUUAAUCCCGCCUGGAUUUGCUCUGAACCUUCAGAUUACCAGGAGCCUCCAGAUUGAGCGCUGAGUCACAGGAAGCUUCAGACUCUCAGCUGCUCCACACGUUUGGAGUUUUAAGAGAAAAAACUUUCAUCUUUAACGGGAUCAUUUUUUAAAAAAACGACGCUUUGCUCCACAUCACAUGCUAACGUAGCAUUAGCAUAAAGAUGGACACGUUCGUAUUUUUAUUUCUAGAAUAUUUUCUGUUGAUUUUCAGUGGAUCAGGAUUAAAGUCGUUUAAAAUGAUGGUUUUUAAAUCACAUUUUAACAGUAAAAUAAUAAUACAUUUUGUUUGUUUUAUUAUAAAACCAAAAAACUAUUGGAAAUAGUGUCAGUGUGGCAGCACAGCCGGCUGCAGCAGGAAGUUAGUAAAGCAGCAGGUAAACAACUUCAUGUUGUUAUGAAAUGAUCCAAUAAUUUUGUUUUUAUUCAUUAACAGAAAUAAAAUCUAGAAUCAUGAGUCUGACUGGAAUAAAUGAGCGUUUGGUUUACAACCCGGUUCGGUUCGGUUCGGUUCGGCCCAAACCGGCCGGCUGGCUGCAGGUUGGAAGCCGCCGGGUCGCUCUGAGACGUUCCCAUGACGUCAGAACCAGACGCAGACGAGGAUGACGUCAGCCGGCCUCCGCCCGCAAGUGCGUCACCGUGACGACCGGCGACUCACAGUGACGCACAGAGUCCGGUUCUGUCUGGACCGGAACCAGGACCGGAACCGGUCAGGCGCUCAUCCGCCUCCUGAUUGGCUGGUAGUCAGUGGCCGCGCAGGGCUUCGUCCACCUGGACAGCUCUCUGCUGCCACCUGCUGGCCACGAGCAGCUGAACCCGAGAGGAGGAGGAGGAGGAGGAGGAUGAAGAAGAAGUCCUGAGGGUGCACUUACUUUUCCAGGAGCAUCAGUCAGAGCUGCUGUUGCAGUAAUAAAUGAUUUGACCUGAAGGAGGAUCUGGACAGUUCUGGUUGUACUGAAUCCACCUGGAUGUUUCCGGUGCUGCCAGUGGAGCUGCAGGGAGACGGAGAACAGGUUCCAGGAUCCAUGCGGUAAAAAAUGAUUCAUCAGCCUUUUUGUUCCUGAUUUACUGUAAACUGGGAUUAAAUUUAUUACCCUCAUAAAUGAAUGUUUGACCUUGUAGCUUGAACUUUACCUGGUUGUUUACUUCAGACCUGCAGCAGAAGCAGAAUAAAACUCUUAUCAUCUCUCAGAUUACACAGAUGCUAGUAUUUGGUAGCUGCUAGCUGGUUUUUUCUGUUCCAGUUGGUCAGAUUUCUUCGUGCCAGUAGGAAACUUUUGAUGGGAGGGGACAGACGUCACAUGUGGCGUACCUCAAGGUUCACUCCUGGGAUCCCUCUUACUUAGCACACAGCUUCAGUUCUUCCAGCUGGAAACCAGAGAUCAGGGUGACCUCUGACCCAAACCUUCAGAGUCACAUACAGACGGUUACAAAGCGGGCCUUCUGUCUCCUGAAGAACUUCAGAAAUGACCGUCAUCAUCACCACAGCCUGCAUGACUCAGCACAUCUUGGACAGGAGGAGCCGGAGCAGAAGGAGGUCAGGUCUUUCAGGAUCAGGUUACAGAUCCAGAUCAGCUGGGAGUGAAAACAUUCGGACCAGCAGAGAUGAAGAUGAUGAAGACCCUGGUGCUGCUGCUGCUGCUGGUGGCCGUGGCCAACGCUAAGCGGUUCGAGCGCUGUGAUUGGGCGCGCACCCUGAAGGCCGGUGGCAUGGACGGUUACCGUGGCAUCAGCCUGGCCGACUGGGUUUGUCUGACCCAACACGAGUCAGGCUUCAACACCAGAGCCACCAACCGCAACAGAGACGGCUCCACCGACUACGGCAUCUUCCAGAUCAACAGCCGCUGGUGGUGCAGAGACGGCGGAGUCUCCAGAUCCAACGGAUGCGGCAUCAACUGCAGCCAACUCCUGACGGACGAUGUGACCGCGGCGAUCACCUGCGCCAAACGGGUCGUCAGGGACCCCAACGGCAUCAGAGCAUGGGUGGCCUGGCGUGAUAACUGUCAGAACCGUGACCUGAGCGGCUACCUGAGAGGCUGCAGACUCUAACCUGGACCUGACGACCGGAUGGACCUUCAUCCAGAAACAUCGCUGUCUGUAGCCGUCACAGAUCCAGUCCUGUGAAAACCUUCUUUAGCCGGUUCUCUAACCGACUGCAUCGGCUACUCUUCUUCCCAGCUUUGUUUUAGUUUAUUAGCGUUUGCCCUGAAGGUCCCACAACAGCGUUUCAAUUAGGUUGAGGUCUGGACUUUGACUAGACAAUUGCAGGACCUUGAUUAUUUACUUUAACAGUAAAUAUUCUGUAAAAGUAAACAGACCCAGGUUGAAAGAGCAGAUGCUCACGUUUGACUCCAGAAUACUUCGGUCUACUGGGGAGUUCAAGGUCCAGCCCAUCACUGUAAAAACCCAGGUUUUAGGGUGAAAAAAGCCCAGAUCACCAUCCCUCCACCACCGUGCUACGGUUAGUAUGAAGUGAUUAUGCCUGUCCAUCUUGGUCCAACGUGUCCUCUCUGGUCUCCUGUGUCCAGAGGACAUUGUCCCAGAAGUCUUGACCUUCAACCAGAGGCAGAUGUGCUGAUCUUAGUCAUUCAGCCAUCUUGUUUCUAGCCCUUCCAAUUAGCCAUGCUGGUGUUCUCUGGAUUGCUGCAUUUACUGACCACUAGGUGGCAUCAGAGACCUUCUAUUAAACAUAACAAGAGUCACAAACACGUUUCCUUUGGUUAUUAAUAACUGGGAUAUUGAUUAAAAUGUUUGAUGAUUAUUUUCCUUAAUGAUGCUGAUGUUGAUGAUGGAAAUUCACAAAAUGUAAAGGUUACUGUUUGUUUCACAAUAGAUUACUAUGUUAAUGUUUUCAUUAUGAAAUGUGCUAUACUAAUAAACCUGACGUCACUGUACAGUUUUUACUAAAUGAAUGAUUCAGAUCAAAUAUGAAAAAUAAAAGGAUCAAAACAUUUGAAUUCAUUUUAAAAAACAUGUUAAACUACCUUUCUUGAGAAUAGAAAGUUUGUAAAUUGUCAGUUGAAUAAAGUUUGAGAUUUGUGUUUUAGUCA